AUGGAUAAUGAUUCUUUAAUAACAUUUUUUGUCCUCUCUGGUAUAAAUGAAACAAAGAGCCAACGUUUUGCUAUCUUCUCUGUCACUUUACUGUGUUACUGUGUGAUUUUACUGGUUAAUAUUUCUCUUAUUGUAACCAUCACCUUGGAUAAAAACCUGCAUGAACCAAUGUAUAUUCUACUAUGUACUUUUUGCAUGAAUGGACUUUAUGGAACAACAGGAUUUUACCCCAAAUUUCUUUGGGAUCUGCUCUCUCCUGUCCAUGUUAUCCCUUAUGCUGGAUGCUUAGUUCAGGCUCUAGUAAUGUACUCUUUUGCUUGUAGUGAUCUGUCUAUUCUUGCAGUGAUGGCAUAUGACAGAUAUCUGGCUAUAUGUCGACCCCUGCAGUACCACGCUAUCAUGUCAAAGCAAAAACUUUUUCAUUUAGUGUGUUUCUCUUGGUUAACACCUUUCUGCAUUAUGGCUGUUAAUAUAUUUCUCACAUCUAGAUUACAGCUGUGCAGCUCGUAUAUUCGCAGGCUAUUUUGUGUGAAUUGGAUUAUUGUUCAACUUGCUUGUUCCUCAGCUGAAACUACUAUUAACAGCAUCAUUGCAUACAUAACUAUAAUCAUUUAUGUAUUUCAUGGUUUUUUCAUCAUUGGGUCCUACAUGCAUCUUAUCAAAACAUGUGUACAUUCUGUAGAAAACAGGGCAAAGUUCAUGCAGACAUGUGUGCCACAUUUAACUUCCUUAAUCACUUUUCUUGUGACUAUACUUUUCGAUGUUAUGAAUAUGCGAUUUGGCUCAAAAGGUUUGCCUCAAACCCUUCAAAACUUUCUUGCAAUAGAAUUUCUUCUCAUACCUCCCAUAAUGAAUCCUAUCAUUUAUGGUUUCAAACUCACCAAAAUUCGGAACAAAAUUCGAGGUUUCAUUUAUUUAAAAAUCAAAUGA